AUGUGCCAGAGACAACCUUCUUUACAACCACUUCCUCCGAAGCCUGACCAAGAGCGGCCCCCCAGCCCACCUUCUUCUGUAGAUUUCUCUAAAAAGAAACGCUACCAGUUGUAUUACCUUGGUGGUAGCA